AAGUACUCAGAAAAAGAGAGCAACUUUCGCUCCUCACUACGAACUAGGAAGUGGAAGUACUUAGAAAAAUAAAGAAUAAUUUCAGUCCUCUUUCAUCUCUUCCAAAUUUCAAUCUCCUCUUUCUCUGUCUCAUCAGUUCCUAUUUCAGAUUCAAUUCCAUCUCUUUCAAAGCUACGCAAUUCAGAUCUAUAUUUUCUAAUGGCUUUAAUUUAAUGGGCAUGGAAGCGGACUCCUCAUCUUUCCCAAGUUCCUCUUCUUCUUCUUCUGCCGCCCUAUGGAAGUAUGAUGUGUUCCUCAGUUUCAAAGGUGAGGACACCCGCAACACAUUGGCGGACCUUCUAUAUGAUGCUUUCAAUCAGAAGGGCAUUAACGCCUUUAAGGACGAUGAAAAACUUGAUAAAGGAAAAACUAUUUCGCCAGAGUGAGCUUUCAAGAGCAAUAGAAGAAUCGCGAUUUGCUGUUGUCAUUUUCUUAAAAAACUAUGCAUCUUCCACUGUGAGAAACACAUGGGAAUGAAAAUUCUGCUAGUUUUUUAUGACGUGGAGCCCUCUGAUGUACGGAAGCAACUGGGAACUUUUGCCCAGGCUUUUAUUGAACAUGAAAAUCGUUUCAAGGAGAAUAUAGAGAAAGUGAAGAUGUGGAGAGUUGCUUUGACUCACGUUGGUAAUCUCGCUGGAUGGCCUUUAAUGAAUAGACCUUUCUCACAAGUUAUUAAAAGCAUUGUGAGGCUAAUAUGGCGUAACUUGAAUAAUGAUGCAUUCUCAGAAGUUACCAAGGGCCUAGUAGGAAUAGACUCUCAUGUGGUGGAAUUGGAGUCGCGUUUAGCUGUAGGGUCAGAUGAUGUUUGCUUUAUAGGGAUUUGGGCGAUGGGGGAAAUGGUGGAAGGAGAGGAUCAAACGUCCAAGAAGCUUGACUCCAUUCACGGAGGGAAGAGCAAUUGUUACCACCACAUUGAAGAUCCCAAUCAAACUAUAACAGAGUUGAGCAUCAACAGCAGGACACUCUAUGAGAAUCUGGGUGAUCUCUGCCAUGAUCUUUACCAUUCAGCUGCAGAAGGUAGCAGAAAUAAACGAAGCCAUGAUGAGCAAGAUGGGGCUGGACCUAGUGGAGAAGGCUACUCUAGUGAUGAACCAAAUCCAAAGACUUGGAGGAUGUAUGGCUGAUUCUAAAAGAAUUUAGUAUGAGGAAGAUUCGACUUCUUUGCCUAUAGCUGGAACUUGGAGGUGGAGAAAAUUGGGAUCUGCUUAGUAUACCAGCAAGACAUGGAAGAUCCCAAUCAAACUAUGGCACAGUGCAGCAGCAACAGCAGUACAAUUUAUGAGGUCCUGGGUGUUCUACAUCAUUUUCUUGACGAUUCAGCUGCAGAAUCAGAAAUAAGCAAAGCCAUGAUGACGAUGACAGGGCUGGAGCUAGUGGAGAGUGCUACUAUAAUGAGGAUCCACAGCCAAAGAGGAUUCAAACUUGAAGUAUUUAUUGCUGAUUUUCAAGAAUUUAGUGAAAAUGACUUAUGGGACCAGACAUCUGAGAAGCUUGAAGCCUUUGCCACUGUGGAUAGUUACAAGAGCAUCAACGUUGAAGUAUUAGCCAAGUAGCUAUUCUCCUCUCACACUCACCUUGGGCUCUUGCGAAAGUGGUCAAGGACUCUAAAUGGUCAAGCUUUAAAAUUAACUGUCAAUUGGCUUCUUAUUAUUGAUUAAAUCUUCUUUUUUUGGGUGUCCUGCAAAUGUGAUGUUCUGUUAAACUUCUAAUGACAUACAGACAUAAAUCCUUCCCAUCUACCUCUUUUUGUUAACGCAAAGUUACCAUCCAAAGCCUCAUUUGGUUGGAGAAGUAUAAUGGAAGCUUGAAAGGUUGCACAGUUGAGCUACUCUUGGAAGAUAGGGAUGGAAGAGAGGUUAACAUCUGGGAAGAUAGGCAGCUGCCGACACUGAAUACAUCUAGGGUGGUUUUACUAAGAAAUCCUAAAUCUGCAGCAAACUAUGUGUGUGACUUGCUGGAUGAUAAUACAAAGACUCGCAGAAAGAUUGUUCUCGACAGGUUGUUCAUGUCACAAGAAGCUGCUGUCAUUCAAAGCAUUCCGUGAAAUACUCAACAUUUUGAUUACAGUAUCUUUUGGGUGGGUGCAGAAAUUGGAGAUUUUUCAGUUCGGGGUGCAUAUGAUUUGUUGGACCAUGAGGCAAUGGCUGGUUUAGGAGAGGCUUCAAACAAUCACAGCUCAACAAUUAUGUGGCAGGCACCGUGGAAGGCUCAGGUUCCUAACAAGAGUAAAAAUUUCAUUGGCGUACUCUUCAGUUUGUCCUGCCAACAAAGCCUUAUCUAUUUUCCAAAUGCAUCAUCUCUUCAGUUACUUGUGAGCAGUGUAAUGAAGUUCCUGAAACCAGUUUACAUGCUUUGUGGUCUUGCCCAGACACCAAGAAGGUAUGGCAAUUAGUUGAAUGCAUAAACUUUAUCCCACACCAGCCUUAUCAGAACUGGACUGACCUAUUCUCCUGGAUGCUUCACCAUAGGAAUUGCAUUGUGUGUUGUUUUUGUACCCAAUGGGUCACAUCAAUAUCAUAGAAAUUGGAAUUUUACAUGUUUUUUCCAGCUCAAUGGAUUUCAGAUUGCAGAUUUCGCACAAUCUUAUUAUUUUACGACAAAAUAUGGUAGAGUUGAAUCACCUCAUAUUUGGCUGCUAUACUUGUCCACCCACCACUCCGUCUCCAAUUGGAGCAAAAUAUGUAGUCACAUUGAUGCCAACAGAUUCAGUCAACUCGAGAUUAAAAUAUAUGCUGAGGUGGUGGAGAAAAUUGGGGUUCAGUUGGUAUACAAGCAAGACAUGGAAGAUCCCUAUCAAACCAUGGCACAGUGCAUCAACAACAACAGCACACAGUAUGAGGAUUUAGGUGUAGUACGUCACGAUAUUGAUGAUUCAGCUAUAGAAUGUAGCAGAAAUAAGCAAAGCUGUGAUGUGGAUGACGGGGCUGGACCUAGUGGAGAAGGCUACUCUAAUGAGGAACCACAGUCAAAGUGGAUUCAAAGGGAAAUUUUCAACUUCUUUGCCAUGGAAGGAGGGGAUCAAAUAUCCAAGAAGCUUGAAUCCAUUCAAGGAGGGAAGAGGUAUAUUUACCAAGACAUUGAAGAUCCCAAUCAAACUAUGACACAGUUAAGCAUUAACAGCGGGAUGCUCUAUGAGGAUCUGGGUGAUCUCCACCAUGAUCUUUACGAUUCAGCCGCAGAAGGUAACAGAAAUAAGCGAAGCUGUGCUGAGGAAGAUGGGGCUGGACCUAGUGGAGAAGGCUACUCUAAUAAGGAACCAGAGCUAAAGUGGAUUCAUAGAGUUGGAGAAUUUAUGGCUGAUUAUGAGGGUUCUAGUCAAAGGGAAAUUUUCGACUUCUUUGCCACGAGCUUUUAUUUAGUGGAAGGAGAGGAUCAAACGUCCAAGAAGCUUGAAGCCAUUCACGGAGGGAAGAGGGAUAGUUACGAAGACAUUGAAGAUCCCAAUCAAACUAUAACACAAUUAAGCAUCAACAGCAGGGUGCUCUAUGAGAAUCUGGGUGAUUGCCAUCAUGAUCUUUAUGAUUCAACCUUAGAAGGUAGCAGAAAUAAGCGAAGCUGUGAUGAGGAUGGCGGGGCUGGACCAAGUGGAGAAGGCUACUCUAGUAACGAACCCCAUCCAAAGAGUUGGAGGAUGUAUGGCUGAUUCUAAAGAAUUUUGUACAAGGAAUGUUUCGACUUUUUUGCCUGAGGGAAUCCAAGAAACUUGAAACCUAUCGCAGUGGUAAGAGGGAAGGUUACAAGAGCGAUAAGAAGGAAGGUUACAAGAGCGAUGAUGAAGAAUUAGCCACGGAUGAUCCCUCCUCUCAAACCCACCUGGGCACUCGCUAAAUUGGUCAAGAAUUAACCGAGGGUUCCUUUUUGCUGUAUGCGUGUCAGUGUGUGUAUAUAUAUAUGUGUGGCUUUGUUCAAUUGGUUUUAUAGAGUUAAGCCGUGGCAUCAGUGUAGAGAAAUUAAAGAAUCUCUUGUCCCAUGCUUUUGUGCUAUUUUGUAAUCUCCUAUUUUCUUAGUGAAAUUACU